CGAGGAUACAGAAUGUACUGUAGCGAAAGCUGAGGUGAAAGAAAGAUCACUUUAGAAGAGAGAGAGAGAAAGCAGAGCAGAGAGCGCAACUGAACCACAUCCUCCGGACCUUCCUGGUAACCGGCAACUCCCCAGCCCAUCCCAUGGCGAUCUCCGGCGACGACAGGUACGCGCCCGCCGGCGACUCCGGCAGCGUGAAGCUCUGGAACCUCUGCCGCAUGCCCUUCAGGCAAGCUGGAGGCGCGCCGGCCUCGUCGUCCGGGAUCCACCAGUCAGCUAGCCGCUACGGCCACGAGGCGCCCGUCGCCGCAGACGGCAGCGCUCCUGGGGCAUCUGCUGGGAUCUCGACUAUGGCCAAAGCUCUGCUGCCGGCGCGCCGCCGCCUCCGGCUCGAUCCGCCCAACAAGCUCUACUUCCCAUAUGAACCAGGAAAGCAGGUGAAGAGUGCAAUCAGGAUAAAGAACACAAGCAAGUCUCAUGUAGCAUUUAAGUUUCAAACAACUGCACCCAAGAGUUGUUUUAUGCGUCCUCCUGGAGCCAUACUUGCCCCUGGCGAGACUGUCAUAGCAACUGUUUUCAAGUUUGUUGAGCACCCAGAGAAUAAUGAAAAUGUUCUGCAAAAGUGCAAGGUCAAGUUUAAGAUUUUGAGCUUGAAGGUCAAAGAACCCAUGGACUAUGCACCAGAAUUGUUUGAUGAGCAGAAAGAUCAAGCUGUGGUUGAGAAGCUACUGAGGGUUAUUUUCUUGGAUGUUCAGAAUCCCGGUCCUCAACUAGAAAAACUAAACACUCAGUUAGCGGAGGCAGAGGCUGCACUUGAGGCGCGGAAGAAACCUCCAGAAGAAAGUGGUCCUAGAAUUGUUGGUGAAGGGCUUGUCAUUGAUGAAUGGAAAGAGCGGAGGGAAAGAUACCUUGCGCAACAACAGGUUGAAGUGGUCGACUCGGUGUAAACUGUACCUUCUUCUGCGAGUGGAGCAAUGCAUAUGGUUUCAACAAUGUGCUGCGAUAAUUCUUCUGAACUGCUAGGUUUGUGCUAGUUUAGUGUGUGGUAGUUUAGAGUUGUGCUUGCAAGAUCAGUCCUUAAAGAACAAGCUAACUUCCUGUGUUUCAGUGCGUAAUGUACUGAUUUGUAACGGUAAUAACAGAUACGUGAUGUUGGAUGCUGUGGUGCUAAAUUGAUUGUCACGACAAUGAAGUUCAUAAGCGUACCCUCUGUUUAUUACUUGCCAGAACAUAUCGAAA